AUGGGCCUCUUCGGCAUGGCCCUGAGCUACUUGCUCUUCUCAUUACUGCACUUUUGCCAGUUUGUAAUGGCACUGGUUGUCAUAGGUCUCUAUGGCACCGAUCUCGACCGGGCUCGCAAAGCUCAUGUAUAUGCUGAUGGAAAAUGGGUCUACGCGGUCGUCGUUGGAUCACUGUCCGCCCUGACUUCGAUCCUCUACUUCAUCCCUUUCAUCCUCCGCUUUGCUCUAGUGCCGGCCUGGAGCUUGGUUAUCUUCAUACUCUGGUGCGCAGUAUUUGGCAUCUUUGGCAAGAUGUACAUCCACGAGAACCCGGAAGGAAACGGGGAUAUCACCCGGAUGAAGAACGCCGUGUGGAUCGACCUGGUCAACUUGCUGUUAUGGUUCGUGGGAACAGUCUUUGGUGCCGCCUACUGGUGGGCUCACAAGGAGCGACACAGCCGAUUUACAGGACGCGCCACCCUCGGCCGUAAUGCCUCGACACGAACCUCGUCUGCUUGGAGGGCGUAA